AGUGCGCUAGGUCAGUUGUCAAAAAGUAUUUGCUGUGGGAAGUGCAGUGAAAGUUUUCUUCGUGGAAAAUCACCAAAAAUCCAUAUGAAAUAGUGCAAAAAGUGCAGAAAAGUGAUCAAAAGGAGUGCAUAGGGUUGCAAAGAACAAGUUGAAAAUGUUGAGGGAGAGUCGUGCUGUGCAGAAGAUCUUUCAGCUAUUAUGGAGAAGUUCCCACUGAAGGGAGGACGAUCAACUAUUUCUACAUCAACUGGACACAGUACUUCCUACCAGGCGGUCACUAAAAAGUCGAACGGUCAGCAUCCAACGUUGACUAGCACAACAUCUCUGAGCACUUUGCCGCCAGAUGAUGAUAUGAUUGAUAUCACGCCUACCAACGACAAUUCAAGACAUAGCAACACAAUGAUGUCCGGUAAUGAUAAUAUGCGCCAUCCAUCCCCAACUCAUUCGCCCUUUGGCAGGGAUUUUAACGAUCACGACGAGACUGUAGAUAACAAUAAGCAAGAAGUAACUGUAAGAUUUUCCACGUCAUUUGAUGGGCCCGAGGAAGGAGGAAUCUCCUUUGCCGGAAUGGCAGAUAACAGUGAUGAUAUUCCGGGAAUUGGGCAAUAUGAUGACUUCCACACAAUUGACUGGCAACGUGAUAUUGCGAGAGAUCGCAUGAGACAUCGGUAUAUUGUGAAGAAGAGACAGAACUCACUGUGUGAUCUCAUAAAAGGGGCUCACGAUGCCUGGUCAGGCUGGCUGUGUGUCCUGCUGGUGGGAAUAACAGCUGGCUGUGUGGCUGCAGUUGUGGAUGUCGGAGCCAGUUGGAUGGCAGAUCUCAAAUUUGGUAUCUGCCCUCAGGCAUUCUGGCUCAAUCGUGAGCAGUGCUGUUGGUCGUCGAACGAGACGACAUUCGACAGUGGAAAUUGCUCCCAGUGGUUAAUGUGGCCUGAAGUGUUUUCUCAGGCUAGGGAAGGAGUUGGUGGUUACAUCAUCUCCUAUUUCUUUUACAUCUUUUGGGCCAUGUCCUUUGCCGCCUUGGCUGCAUCACUUGUUCGCCAAUUUGCCCCCUAUGCCUGUGGUUCGGGUAUCCCUGAGAUUAAGACCAUCCUUUCAGGAUUCAUCAUCCGUGGGUACUUGGGCAAAUGGACGCUCAUUAUCAAGUCCGUUGGCAUCAUGUUGUCGGUGUCGGCGGGGCUGUGUUUGGGCAAGGAAGGACCCAUGGUCCACAUAGCCAGUUGUAUAGGAAAUAUUCUGUCAUAUCUCUUUCCGAAGUAUGGGAAGAAUGAGGCGAAGAAGAGGGAAAUCCUCUCGGCAGCUGCAGCUGCAGGAGUUUCUGUAGCUUUUGGGGCUCCAAUUGGUGGAGUUUUGUUCAGUUUGGAGGAGGUUUCGUACUACUUUCCCCUGAAAACUCUAUGGAGAUCCUUCUUUUGUGCUCUAAUUGCUGCUUUUAUCCUGAGAUCGAUCAAUCCAUUUGGAAAUAAUCAUACAGUGAUGUUUUUUGUGGAAUACAAGCAACCAUGGAUCUUCUUUGAAUUGAUCCCAUUUGUGGGAUUAGGAAUAAUUGGGGGUGUCAUUGGAACGAUCUUCAUUAAGGCUAAUUUGAAGUGGUGCCGAUUUAGGAAGUACAGCCGAUUGGGACAGUAUCCAGUUGCAGAGGUUCUCGUUAUAACCUUGAUAACGGCAAUCAUUGCAUAUCCCAAUCCCUAUACAAGGAUGAAUAUGGGCGAAUUGAUCUUUUUGCUAUUCAAGCAAUGUGGAAUUUCGAAUAGUGAUCCACUUUGUGAUUACAACAGAAAUUUCACAGAUGUCAAUUCGGCAAUUGAAAUUGCUGCAGCUGGUCCGGGAGUUUAUCAUGCCAUUUGGCUCCUUAUCCUAACGUUUAUCGUCAAACUCGUCCUGACGAUCUUUACGUUUGGCAUCAAGGUGCCAUGUGGCUUGUUUAUUCCGUCCCUGUGCUUGGGAGCCAUUAUGGGACGAAUUGUGGGCAUUGGGAUGGAACAGUUGGCAUACAACUAUCCCAAAGUUUGGAUCUUCUCGGGAGAGUGCUCAACUGGUGAGAACUGCAUCACUCCCGGUUUGUAUGCCAUGGUGGGAGCUGCGGCAGUCCUUGGUGGCGUCACACGUAUGACCGUAUCACUUGUGGUGAUAAUGUUUGAACUCACUGGAGGUGUACUCUACAUUGUGCCCCUAAUGGCGGCCGCAAUGUCCGCCAAAUGGGUGGGAGAUGCUCUUGGGCGUCAGGGAAUCUAUGAUGCUCAUAUAAGUCUGAACGGGUAUCCAUUCUUAGAUAGUAAGGAUGAGUUUGCUCAUACAACUCUGGCAGCAGACGUCAUGCAGCCAAAACGCAAUGAGACGCUGUCUGUUAUCACUCAGGACUCAAUGACAGUGGAUGAUGUUGAGACGCUCCUCAAGGAGACAGAACACAAUGGAUAUCCUGUGGUUGUGUCUAAAGAGAAUCAGUAUUUGGUUGGAUUUGUCGUGAGGAAAAAUCUCAAUUUGUCCAUUGAAAAUGCCAAGAGGAUGAUUGACGGAAUCUGUGGUCAGUCCUUGGUGCUAUUUACAUCUGGCAAUCAUGUCCAGACUCUCGGACCGCCUCCGCUGAAAAUGAAGAAAUACCUCGACAUGGCUCCAAUCACAGUCACAGAUCAGACGCCCAUGGAGACAGUUGUGGACAUGUUUAGGAAAUUGGGACUGCGUCAGACACUCGUGACACACAAUGGUCGCCUUCUGGGCAUCAUCACGAAGAAGGAUGUGCUGAGGCACAUCAAGCAGAUGGACAAUGAAGAUCCCAAUACAGUUCUCUUCAAUUAGAACUCUGUUUAUUUUGUUUUCUGUGCAGUGUGUUAGAGGAAGAAGAAGAAGAAAUCCCAAGAACAAAAAGUGAAAAAUCAUCAAA